AUGGUGGCAGUGGUGGCAGAACAAAAAUCUUCACUGAACCCAGACGCACCCCUCUUUAUUCCAGAGGCAUUUCGUCAUGUGGAGGAUUUUUCUCCAGAAUGGUGGGAUCUGGUGAAGACCUCAACAUGGUUCCGUGACUACUGGCUGAACAGCCAGGAGGAAGAAGAAGGUUAUUUUUUUGAUGAAAAUGAUAAAAGCGAAAUUGCUCAUUUGCUUCCCGAGUCAUUUGAUCUUGGCAUUGAUGAAGAAGAUGAGUUCCCCAACUUGGAAGCCGAGUUAGAUGACAUGGUCAGGUCUUCUGAAGCUGAAGAUUACAAGAACCAAUUAGCUCUUGAAAACAGCAAACAAUUGAAAAAUGAGUUGGAGAUUGAUGAAGCACAGGCACUAAUGAAAAAUCUGGGUUUGCAAAAAUCAUCCCCUAGAGCUAGUUCUAAAUCCCCAGUUUACCGUGAGAAGGCGACACAGUCAGCUUACUAA